AUGAAUCCAUUCAUCCUCAGCCACCUCCAGGGUAGCUCAUUGUUCUCCCGCAGCUGCCUGUGUAAGCGUUGUUUACACAAAGCGAAGGUGCCUGGUAGCAACGAGCCAGAAAAAGUCAAAGAGGAGCACGACUCUCUGGGUGUCACACCCUUCAGCUCUUUCCAGCAUAGAAUUGCUUGUUCUGUUGGUCUUCAUAAUGACCUCAGGGAGGAUACACUAAAUACUGGUGCUGAGCCUGCUCCUGCUCCUGCUCCUGCUGCUGGAGAUGCCUCUGAUCCUGCUCACAAUGCUGACCUUGCUGAACCUGGUCCAGUUCCUGGUACUGGAGAUGGUGGAGUAAGGGGAGGCCAGGUUGUCAGUCAGGCCUCACAUCUUGUGGACAAUGGGGAUGGCACCCACACGGUGACCUGUAUGCCAUCCCAGGAGGGGCCUUACGUUGUGUCUGUUAAAUUUGCUGAUGAAGAGAUCCCUCGAAGUCCCUUUAAGGUAAAGGUACUUCCCACAUACGAUGCCAGCAAAGUGACUGCCUCUGGGCCUGGACUCAGUUCCUACAGGGUGCCUGCCAGCCUACCUGUGGAGUUCGCAAUUGAUGCCAGAGAAGCUGGGGAAGGCCUGCUGGCUGUCCAAGUCAUGGAUCAAGAGGGAAAGCCCCAAAGAGCCACCAUCCACGACAAUAAAGAUGGAACAUGUGCUGUCACCUACAUCCCUGAUAAAACAGGAUGCUAUAUGAUUGGAGUCACCUAUGGUGGCCGUGUCUGGGCCACACAGACAGGCAAUGCCAGCAAGUGCCUGGCCACAGGUCCAGGCAUUGCCCCCACUGUGAAAACUGGUGAGGAAGUGGGCUUUGUGGCAGAUGCCAGGACUGCUGGAAAGGGGAAAGUGACCUGCCCGAUUCUGACCCCAGAUGGCACUGAGGCAGAGGCCGUUGUCAUCGAAAAUGAGGAUGGCACCUAUGACAUUUUCUACACGGCUGCCAAGCCAGGCACUUAUGUGAUCUAUGUGCGCUUUGGUGGUGUGGGUAUUCCUAAAAGCCCCUUCACUGUCAUGGCCACCAAUGGGCAAGUCACAGCCAUGGAGGAGGUACCGGUAAAUGCAUGUCCCCUUGGAUUCAGGCCUUGGAUACACUUGGUGUCUGAAGAGGCCUAUGUCCCAGUGAGUGACAUGAACGGCCUAGGGUUUAAGCCUUUUGACUUGGUGAUCCCAUUUGCUGUCAGGAAAGGAGAAAUCACAGGAGAGGUUCAUAUGCCUUCCCGGAAGACAGCCACCCCUGAGAUUGUGGACAACAAGGAUGGCACAGUCACUGUCAGAUAUGCCCCCACUGAAGUCGGGCUCCAUGAGAUGCACAUCAAGUACAUGGGCACCCACAUCCCAGGUAACCCUCUUCAGUUCUAUGUGAACUACCCCAACAAUGGGAGUGUUUCUGCAUAUGGUCCAGGCCUUGUAUAUGGAGUAGCCAACAAAACUGCCACCUUCACAAUUGUCACCGAGGAUGCAGGAGAAGGUGGUCUGGACUUGGCUAUUGAGGGACCCUCAAAGGCAGAAAUCAGCUGCAUUGACAACAAAGGAACAUGCUCUGUGACCUACCUGUCUACUCUGCCAGACGACUACAGCAUUCUGGUCAGGUACAAUGACAAGCACAUUCCUGGCAGCCCCUUCACUUCCAAGAUCACAGAUGAUAGCAGACGCUGCUCCCAAGUGAAGCUGGGCUCGGCUGCUGACUUCCUUCUGGACAUCAGUGAGACUGACCUCAGCACACUGACGGCCAGCAUCAAGGCCCCAUCUGGACGCGACGAACCCUAUCUGCUAAAGAGUCUGCCCAACAACCGCAUUGGCAUCUCUUUCAUCCCUCGGGAGGUGGGUGAACAUCUGGUCAGUAUCAAGAAGAAUGGCAAUCAUGUGGCCAACAGCCCUGUAUCCAUUAUGGUGGUCCAGUCUGAGAUUGGUGAUGCACGCCGAGCCAAGGUCUAUGGCCGAGGCCUGUCAGAAGGACGCACUUUUGAGAUGUCUGACUUCAUCGUGGACACAAGGGAUGCAGGUUGUGGUGGCAUAUCCUUGGCAGUAGAAGGGCCCAGCAAGGUAGACAUCCAGACAGAGGACCUGGAGGACAGUGCCUGCAAGGUCUCCUACUUCCCCACCGUGCCUGGAGUUUAUAUCGUUUCCACCAAAUUUGCUGAUGAGCAUGUGCCUGGAAGUCCAUUCACUGUGAAGAUCAGUGGUGAGGGAAGAGUAAAGGAGAGCAUCACCCGGACCAGCCGGGCUCCAUCUGUGGCCACUGUUGGCAGCAUCUGUGACCUGAACCUAAAGAUCCCAGAAAUCAACAGCAGUGACGUGUCUGCCUAUGUCACCAGCCCGUCUGGCCAUGUCACUGAGGCAGAGAUUGUGCGUGGGAAGAACUUGCACUGUGUCUGAUUUGUACCCCAGGAGAUGGCCGUUCACAGGGUCAGCGUAAAGUACCAUGGGCAGCACAUAGCAGGGAGCCCCUUCCAGUUCACUGUGGGGCCACUCGGUGAAGGGGGAGCCCACAAAGUCAGGGCAGGAGGCUGUGGCCUGGAGAGAGGAGAGGCAGGGAUCCCAGCCGAGUUCAGCAUCUGGACCUGGGAAGCAGGUGCUGGAGGCCUCUCCAUUGCUGUUGAGGGCCCUAGUAAGGCCGAGAUUACAUUUGAUGACCAUAAAAAUGGGUCAUGCGGUGUGCCUUAUAUUGCCCAAGAGCCUGGUAACUACAAGGUGUCUAUCAAGUUCAACAAUGAGCACAUCCCUGACAGCCCCUACCUGGUGCCUGUCAUUAAUCCUCCCUUGGGUGCCCAGGCCUUGUUGACAGUUAGCAUCCAGGAAUCAGGAUUAAAGGUUACCCAGCCAGCAUCCUUUGCUAUAUGGUUGAAUGGUGCAAAAGGAAAGACUGAUGCAGAGGUGCGUAGCCCCUCGGGAGCUGUGGAAGAAUGCUGCGUGUCAGAGCUAGAGCCAGAUAAGUAUGGUCGCUUCAUCCCCCACGAGAACAGCAUCCACACAAUCGAUGUCAAGUUCAAUGGGAGCCACGUGGUCGGGAGCCCUUUCAAAGUUCGAGUUGGGGAGCCUGGCCAGGCAGGGAAUCCUGCCCUGGUGUCUGCCUACGGUGCAGGGCUUGAAGGGGGCACCGCAGAGAAGGAGUCUUGUUUUCUUAGCCCACCUGUCCCCAUGCUCUCCCCAAAUAGCCAUCCAGAGAUGACACAGCUGCAGUGGAAGGGAAUGUUCGAAAAGGGAUUUACUAAGUCACCAAAAGUCCCGCAUCCUGACUGGAGCAAAGCUGACGUGUCUGUGAUAGAUCAGGUCGUGCUGUGGGCCAGGUGUGCUGUUGGCUAA